AUGGGUUGCGGACCUUCCCAGCCUGUGGAAGAACAGGGACGCUUUCGUGCGCCCAGAAAGGGCUGGGAAGAAGGCGCCAAGGCUGCUGGUGGUGGGACUCAUUCUGAGGAUGAUGGUAGACCCCACAGUAAAGCUGCCCUUCCCAAAGAUGCUGUGGACGGUACAGAAGGCCUGGAAACACAAGCCCAGAUGGGAAGCUUACCUGGAACCAUUCCAGAAAGUUCUCCAUCUCCCAGUGAAAGAAAUGGAAAAGCUUAUUCAGAUCUAGUGCCCAAGGGAUUAAUCAGUAAACCUCAGUCUCUGGAGAUGCUAGCACGGCAGAAGUCAUCAGACAUCCUGGAGGAACUAAUCAUUCAAGGGAUAAUACAAAGUCACAGUAAAGUGGUUAGAAAUGGAGAAUCAUACGAUGUCAUGGUAAACACAACUGACAAGCCACUGAGAAAACCACCAGCCAGACUGAAAAAGCUUAAGAUCAAAAGGGAAGUGAAAGAUUUCACCAUGAAGGACAUAGAAGAGAAGAUGCAGGCAGCAGAGGAGCGCAGGAAGACUAAAGAAGAAGAAAUAAGGAAAAGACUCCGGAGCGACCGACCUCCACCAUUAGACCAUCGUGGGGAUCCAGUAGGACUGGGUGGGACUGAGGUCCCCGCUGACAAAGGACUUGGAGCCCUCAGCUCUGCUGCUUGGCAGCUGUCAGACCCACAGGGAGGUGAACCCCUGAAAAGGAAGAAAAGCAAAAGUGAUGUAGCCUCAAGUGACUUAAACUAUAGUUAUGACAGUAUCGGAGUCGUGGAGUCAGACAUGUCCUACAACCAAUCAGAUGAUGUAUUCUAA